GGGCCGCGAGGCGGGGCGGGGCCGGGCGAGGCGCGGAGUGAGGCGCCCGCUGGCCGCUACUGUCACUCCUGCUCCGGCUCCGGCUCGAGCUCCGGCUGCGGCCCCGCUAGACUUUGUAUCCCCGGCGUGCCUGGGGGCGGGGGCGGGAGGAGGUCGAGGAGGCCUGGGCGCAGCCGCCAUGGCCGAGGAUGCGGGCGCGCUGCCCUGGUCCAUCAACAGGGACGACUAUGAGCUGCAGGAGGUGAUCGGAAGUGGAGCAACUGCGGUGGUCCAAGCAGCAUACUGUUCCCCCAAGAAGGAAAAAGUGGCGAUCAAACGGAUAAACCUUGAAAAAUGUCAGACCAGCAUGGAUGAACUCCUGAAAGAGAUCCAAGCCAUGAGCCAGUGCCAUCACCCCAACAUUGUAUCUUACUACACGUCCUUUGUGGUGAAAGAUGAGCUUUGGCUAGUGAUGAGACUUCUGAGUGGAGGCUCUGUUCUGGAUAUUAUUAAGCACAUUGUUGCCAAGGGGGAACACAAAAGUGGAGUCCUGGAUGAGGCUUGCAUUGCCACAAUUCUCAAAGAGGUGCUGGAGGGCCUGGAAUAUCUGCAUAAAAAUGGACAAAUCCACCGGGAUGUCAAAGCUGGAAAUAUUCUUCUGGGUGAAGAUGGCUCGGUGCAAAUUGCAGAUUUCGGGGUUAGUGCUUUUUUAGCAACUGGUGGUGACAUUACCCGAAAUAAAGUGAGAAAGACCUUUGUGGGCACCCCUUGCUGGAUGGCACCAGAAGUCAUGGAACAGGUCCGUGGUUAUGACUUCAAGGCUGACAUCUGGAGUUUUGGAAUCACUGCCAUUGAACUUGCCACAGGGGCCGCUCCCUAUCACAAGUAUCCACCCAUGAAGGUAUUAAUGCUGACGUUACAGAAUGAUCCGCCUUCUUUGGAAACUGGUGUUCAAGACAAAGAGAUGCUGAAGAAAUAUGGAAAAUCAUUUCGGAAAAUGAUCUCAUUGUGCCUUCAGAAAGAUCCUGAAAAAAGACCAACGGCAGCUGAACUGUUAAGACACAAAUUUUUCCAGAAAGCAAAGAAUAAAGAAUUUCUCCAAGAAAAAAUGCUUCAGAGAGCACCAACCAUUACUGAAAGAGCUAAAAAGGUUCGGAGAGUGCCAGGCUCCAGUGGCCGGCUUCAUAAAACAGAGGACGGCGGCUGGGAGUGGAGUGAUGAUGAAUUUGACGAAGAAAGCGAGGAAGGCAAAGCGGCCAUCUCACAGCUCAGGUCUCCCCGAGUAAAGGAACCAUUAACAAAUUCUGAGCUCUUUCCUCCAUCCAAUCCCAUGGGUACUUUACUCCAAAUUCCAGGACCGCCUCCUGCUCAACUACCUCAACCAGCUGGACAGACUCCUGCCCAGUCAACUCACAUCACUGUCCCUCCAACUGUCCAGGCACCUGCAGCUCCAGGAGGAGCGGGGCAGGCUCCACCAUCAGAAGGGCCAGACUCCCAAGAGACCAAGGUCCCCAUCAGUCUAGUGCUAAGGUUAAGGAAUUCAAAGAAAGAACUUAACGAUAUCCGAUUUGAAUUUACCCCAGGGAGAGAUACGGCUGAUGGCGUGUCCCAGGAACUCAUCUCGGCCGGCCUUGUGGAUGGCAGAGACCUGGUCAUAGUGGCAGCUAAUUUGCAGAAAAUUGUGGAAGAACCUCAGUCAAAUCGCUCUGUCACUUUCAAACUGGCAUCCGGCGUCGAAGGCUCGGAUAUUCCCGACGAUGGCAAACUGAUAGGAUUUGCACAGCUCAGCAUCAGCUAAGCCACGGUCGCAGAGGAAGCUUCCCCAUGGAGAACCCACCCGUCGUAUUCUAUCGCUCUGUUGGCCUAAAAUCCACUACUGCCAAAGAACCCAGGUCUGCCCUCCCCCUCCCCCGUUGGAUCACCACUGUCUGGCGCCGGCUCACCAGAGUCGCUGCGACGUGCUCCGUCUGCAAGCCAAUGACCUGCACAAGCCGCAUCUUUCCCUCCCUCCCGGACACGUGGACCGGAAGCCCGAGGCCUCCGGGGCCCGUCAGUCCCUUAUUGCCUUACUUGACACCGCCACGGAGCCCGAGUCCCUCUCCCUCCCAGCACCACGGGAUGCCCAGCUGGCGCGGUCUCCGCCGGCGUUCCCCGGCCCGGGGCACACCCACCCCCGAGGCCGGGCCCGCGGUCUCUCGCCGCCGCACUAUAGCCAUGAAAGAAAGGUGGUCGGCUGGAGACCGCAGAGUCUGCUUGUGGAUUACUCCCUUUGGUCCUGGCUACAUCCUAGCAACCAACAUAAGGACGCCAUAAGCACAGUCUCCAGGGUAAUUGGUUGAAAUUUUCCAGUUUUAUUGAUCACGUUCUUGAGAAUUUUUCCGGGGCUCCUCUGCUGCGGCCUCUUGGGCGGCUGCUUCCCAGUGACUCUUCCCGAGGGCGCCCGGGGCCCAGAGACCCUCGGGUCCGGGUCACACAAGUUACUUUUCCCCAGAGGGACUAUGAGCAAAUUGUUACUUAUAUCAUUGGGAAAGUGGUGGGUUUCGCCACUUAAAUAAAAUGAAAAGAAACUUCCCCUUGGUCCCCACAUCUUUCCUCCCCCGAGACCGACCCUCUCGGUGGUGAGGGAACGAGGCUGAGGCUUUCACAGCAAUAAAGGCGAGUCCGCUCCCGCCCCGCCUCAGCCCGCUCCAGGACGUGCCCGGGACUUGUGCAGGAAGGACCCAGGUAGCCGCGCGCAGCACAAUGUGGGAGCCGUCUGGGGGUGGGGGGCGUUUUCUACACUUUCACAACUGGCCUUCAUAUCCUGUGGGUGGCACCCGGUAGCCUCGUCCCAGACAGGGGGGGCCUCCCCAGGAGGUCCUUGCUCCCCUCUGCCGAGCUGGGUGGGGAAGGGGCAGCCGUGAUGGGAGCCAGAGACCUCCCAGCGGGGGUGGGAGGGGGGGCUCGCCAGACUGGGCAAGGGGGGACGGCAGGCGUGUGGUUUGGCUUCCAGCAGCCCUGUAGUGACCUCCUUCCUUGCAAAGCCGGCUCCCCCUUAGUGAGUGCUCUGUUCAGAAGUGUGCCCGUCGACGGUGGGAGGCCAGGCGGCCCCCGCUCGCCACGUCCCUGGCCACCCCACACUGCCGCAGAGUCACUUGGUGAGCGGAGAAGGUAGGAAGCGGGCUCUUUGUGUCUUUAAAAACGCUUUUGCCCAGCCAAGGUCUCCUAGGGAGACGGCGAGCCAGCCCCAGGACAGUAUUACUCUGGUUUUUCUGGCGUGCACACGUGCCUCCUGGAUGUGUUUGGGGGCUUAGGACGGACCCCGCCCGGCGGAGGAUGGAGGCCGGGGCGGCCCCUUGGCCUGGAGCCCUUAGUCGCCAGGGCUCCGGGCCGAGGGGCAGCGUUCGCUUCUGGGAGCCCCGGGAUAAGUGCCAAGGCUAGUCAGAGGAAUGGAGGGUGUCCUAACGUGGCCAGCGGAUCCGUUUGGGGUUUUGUCGUUAACUUCUGAACCAAACCUAGAGCCAGCUACUAUUAACUUAGUUACUACCCCGAGAACUAGAACGAUGCUAUAGGAACAAUCCACGGAGGCUUCUCGACACAGUCGUGUACGGUCAAUGACAAAAGAUGUAAAAUAUUCAGCCGUUCCCCCUUUUUUUGACUUUGUAUUUUACUGCACGUUCCCCUUAUUUUUAAUCAAUAAAAAACAAAUUGUCCGUG